AGCGAACGUAGCUCGUCCUUUGGAGCAAGUGCGCAUGCGCGGCUUCCGUAAGCCGAGGUGGGAACAUGGCCGCCAGGCUCCUGUGGGCGGUCCGUCGGCGGAUGCAGCCCCUGGCCGCCCAUGCCGCGUCCGAGGGCAGGGGAUGGCUGCAUCCUUUCAGCACUGCCACUCAGAGAACUGCUGGUGAAGACUGCAAUUCUGAGGACCCCCCUGAUGAACUGGGACCCUCUCUUGCAGAACGAGCCUUAAAGCUAAAAGCUGUUAAACUGGAGAAGGAAGUCCAAGAUUUAACAGUGAGAUACCAGAGAGCUGUAGCUGACAGUGAAAAUAUAAGAAGGCGAACCCAGAGAUGUGUAGAAGAUGCCAAAAUAUUUGGAAUUCAGAGUUUCUGUAAGGAUUUGGUGGAGGUCGCAGACAUUUUGGAGAAGACUACAGAGUGUAUUUCUGAAGAAACAGAGCCUGCGGACCAGAAGCUCACUCUGGAGAAGAUCUUCCGAGGAUUGUCACUUUUAGAAGCAAAGCUGAAAAGUGUGUUCGCCAAACACGGCCUGGAGAAGAUGACACCCAUCGGUGACAAAUAUGACCCUCAUGAGCAUGAACUCAUUUGUCACGUGCCAGCUGGUGUUGGGGUGCAGCCUGGCACCGUGGCAUUCGUAAGGCAAGAUGGCUACAAGCUUCAUGGCCGCACCAUUAGACUUGCUCAGGUGGAAGUGGCAGUAGAGUCUCAGAGAAGACUAUGAAUGGGCCCAGAGGAACUGCAUGUUCUCCCAGAGUGCAGUCACCUGUGAUUCCUUUAUUUAUUAAACUAGGUUCGUAUUGUACAUGAGGUACUUCAUGUGAUCUGUUUUGGAUUUAGUCAUAUUGGCUUUAUUUCUUAGAUACUCUGUUGAUUUAAUGUGACCUGUUUGGUCUCAUCAGAAGUCUUGCCAUUGGGCAUUUGAACAAUGUGACAAGUGUUCCUGUGGCCUUAUCAAAAUGUGUUGAAGGAAAUUAUUUUAAAAUUGGUACUGAUGACUUUCAAUCCAAAAUCUUUUUUAUAGGUGGAAAUGAGUUGUAUGUUUAUGUGUUUUCAACUAAAUGUUCAUUUCUGGUCCCUAUAAUAGAAAUUGAAUAGGAUCUUGAAUUUGGUGGGAAGAGGAGGUGGUAGGGAUUGGUUUAACAUUUGGGUACUGAAAUGAUAAAGCUUUAUAGCUGUAUGAAUUUAAAUCAUUUGGAUUGAUUUUUAUGCACAUAGACUUUCAGAGCCUACUCGUUUCAUUUUAUUUUUCUUCUAACCGUCUUUUGUCCUUGUAGUUUCUGCCAGGUGGACUUCAUAUUCACACUCAUUUCCCUUUUCAAAUCCCAUUUACAAGGCUAAGGCCCCAGGAAAGACUUGGAAGACAGAGAUUGGCAAGAAAUCAAGAUACCAGCUCCCUUGCAAGCAAGUCUGGCCAAGAAACCUUGUGCUUUCCUUGCUGAGUUGUCUUCAAAUUAUUUUCAGCCUCCCUGGGUGUAUAAUCAUUUCAGGGAAAUUGAGGCAGCGCCAACAGCUAAUGACCUAAACUGGUCUAUGCAAGUAGUUUACCACAAUUUCUCUUUCCACUGGCCCUUAAAUCCUCUGCCACUUUGUCAGAUUUAUCUUGUGGUCCUUGAUUAGAUUAUGUAGGGAGGUGGUCAGGACCAAAAAAAAGUUAGGUUCUUAUGAUUCCUCAUUUCAUUUAGUUAUAAUGGGCUUGGAGUUUUUGUUUUGGGGGUUUUUUUUGGGGGGGGGGUACUCACAAUUCACUACCUCUCUUACAUUAACGAGCUUUAUAUCCUAGUUUUUUUAUCUGUCUUAUGUCACAUGUAAACAUCUAGCUCCCCUUUUAUGUACUGACCUCCUGGAGGUAAUGAGCCUAUGUGUAUAUUUUUUAUUUCAGUCUUAUAGAUAGUGUUCUAUAAAAAAUUUUUUCAGUAAAUGAGUUAGUGAAUGAAUGAUGUAUAUAUCAAUCGAACAUUAGAAAGGAGGUCUUUAUAGAUAUUUUAAUGUUAGAAGCUGCCUUAAUGAUCUAAUCUCACCCUUUCAGUUUCUUCAGACUAUGUGUGAAAACAGUCUUUUUAGGACUGGACUCAAAAAAAAAAAAAAAAAUCUCUAAAACUAGUAAACUAAAUUUCAGUGAGAACUUAAGUAAGAAACAACUAGAUAUUAACUUCAGUAUUUAAGAUUCAGCAGUUCUAUAAUGAGCAUGCAAAUAUACCCCCAACAGACAAUUAACUGUUAGGUGUCCAGAUUGUCCAGGUUUAGGUUUAAGUUACUUUCCCAUAAAAUAAAUCCAUUUCUUCUAGAGCUCUAUGACCCCAUUCUGUGGGGUGGUGAAACAGCCUCUUAGACAUCAUAGAUCGUUCCAGCACACGACACAGAUGCAUCCUCAAAACCAUCGCCUAAUGGGUACUACCACCUCCACCAGAUUAGACACUUUAAAAAACAAAUACAUACUUCUAAGAUGCAAACAAGACUGGUGGUGAGAUUUUAAAACCAGAACCUCUUGGCAUUCCACUAAGUACAUCCUGUAAAUGUAAUGAGCAGUCAGAUUUCACAAUGGGAAUUUGUCUCUUCUUUUUUGCCUUCAUUCCUUUGAGAAUGACAAAUAGUGACAAUAAGAAAGUGAGGCAAUUAUGAUUUUCCAUUUGUUCUUGGAUCACUAGCUAUUCAUUACAAAUGAAUUAAAAUAACCAUAAUUUUAGGUGUGGAAUGUUCUGAUUACUUGAAGAGUUUUUCAGUAUUCUUUGCAACCUCCUGUUUUAGCAAGUAGAUUGAGAAUAAUUUUAGAUUCUUCUAUUAUUCAGUAGUUUUGCAGAGUUAAAAGUAUAAAUUUAGAAGCUGGAGCUGUAACAGAAUCUCAAAAAGUUGAAAGGCUUUCAGGAGCCAGCACAGCAUAACAGAGCAUAUGCUUAGUAAGCAUCAACUCGAACAUAAUUCCCAGCCUAGUCACUUCACUCUUCUGAGCCUGCUUCCAUGUUUGUAAAAUAGUUAACAAUUCUCAAACUAUUACGAGGAUUAAAUGAAAUGUGCAAAUUGCCUAUUACAGUAGGCCCUCGAAUAUUUAUUUUUAUUGCUUUUUAUACACAUUGUUUUUUGUAUGUUUUCAUAGUUGCCUAAAGUCUAGGGGAAGGGGAAGACUGGUGCUUGACUAUAAAAAAUAAUUGUAAGUUAAUCAGUCACAGUGAAUUAUUUUCCUUUCAACUUCUGUUUUUUGUGUGUGUCUGUUUAAACUAUACUGGGGAAGUCUACAUUUUUAGACUGGAGAAAUAAGGUUGUCUCGGCGCUCUUAUUUUCAUCUUGAUGGUAAAGUAAAAAGAUACUAUUGGCAUGUAGAUGAUAUGUGUAAGGAAGCUUUGGCUCAUGUGAAGAGGGACCUUGGUGUCUUAGUACUUGGAUUUUAUGAAUCUUUGGUGGAUUUUCCUUACCACUAUAAAAGAAUCAUUCAGUUUGUACUGACAUAAGUUACUUGGUGCUCUUUCAUGGCAAAGGAUUUAAUUAAUGAAGAAACAUCCUUAAACACUAAAGCAAAAUCAAAGAAGACAAAGGUGAAAUAUAAUCUUCAGAAACAUUAAUAAAACUUUAAUUGAAAUUA